UGUGAAUGGCAAAACGAGGAGAAGUGUAAAAAAACUAGUUAAAAUUUGCAAUUGUGAAAAGCAUCAAAUUGGCUGCCGCAACAAUACGACCGGUACUCGUACCAAACGUUAAAUCCAUUAAAUCAUAUAGAAAAAUAGUGAAAUGAAUGUUCCUCCUAGCGCUGGCAAUGGCAACGCAGCAAUGCCGAUGCAGCCAGCCACCGCAAUGGGCGGCAUGGGAUACACGCACACGCCUGGAAUGGUACCGGUGCCGCCGUUCAAUCUGCCGCCGCCGGGCUUUGGAGCGCCACCGCCGCCGGAGUUGGCGGCCGCAUUUGGAGCACUCGCCUCAAAUACGGAAUGGACAGAGCAUAAGGCGCCCGACGGACGACCCUACUACUACAAUCAGAAUACAAAGCAAAGUUCGUGGGAGAAACCGGAAGCGCUAAUGACGCCCGCAGAGCUGCUGCACAAUCAGUGCCCCUGGAAGGAAUAUCGCUCGGAUGCGAACAAAGUUUAUUAUCACAAUGUGACCACAAAGGAGACGUGCUGGGAGCCACCGCCAGAGUAUGUGGACAUGAAGGCCAAAGCUAAGGCGGAGGAAGCAGCCGCUGCGGCUAAAGCUGUUGCCGCCAUGACGUCCUCCAGCCUAGUCGGAAUGGUGCCGCAUGUGGCCCUAGCCAAUAUCCUGCCAGCUGCAUUGCCCGCAGCGCCACGCAUACCCACGCCCGAGAUACACUCACCGCUGACGCCGAGCAGCAAUGAGAACAGCUCCUCGGCCAUGGAUCAGGCAAUGGCUGCAACGCUGGCUGCCAUCGAGGUUCCGCAACAAAAUUCUAAAAAAGAGGAUAGAUCCAAUGGAGAUAACAACUCGCUCGUGUUUAAGGACAAGCGGGAGGCAAUUGAGGCAUUCAAAGAGCUAUUGCGCGAUCGCAAUGUGCCCUCGACUGCCAACUGGGAUCAGUGCGUUAAGAUCAUAUCAAAAGAUCCGCGUUACAAUGCCUUCAAAACGCUCAACGAACGAAAACAAACGUUCAAUGCGUAUAAGACACAAAAGUUAAAGGAUGAGCGCGAGGAGUCGCGACUUCGUGCUAAAAAGGCUAAGGAGGAUUUGGAACAGUUUCUCAUGUCCAGCGAUAAGAUGAACUCACAAAUGAAAUACUUUCGCUGUGAGGAGGUCUUUGCGAGUAAUCGCACAUGGACAACGGUACCAGAACAGGAUCGUCGCGAUAUCUACGAGGAUUGCAUUUUCAAUUUGGCCAAGCGUGAGAAGGAGGAGGCGCGUCUGCUCAAGAAACGAAAUAUGAAAGUACUUGGCGAACUGCUCGAGUCAAUGACCUCCAUUACAUAUACCAGCACAUGGUCCGAGGCGCAGGUGAUGUUGCUGGACAAUGCGGCAUUCAAGAACGAUGUCACGCUGCUUGGCAUGGACAAGGAGGAUGCACUAAUAGUGUUCGAGGAGCACAUACGCACGUUGGAGAAGGAAGAAGAGGAGGAGCGAGAAAGAGAGAAGAAACGUGUAAAACGUCAGCAGCGCAAAAACCGCGAUGGUUUCUUGGCUCUGCUUGACUCACUGCACGAAGAGGGAAAACUCACCUCGAUGUCGUUGUGGGUGGAACUGUAUCCCAUUAUAUCGGCGGACAUACGUUUCUCUGCCAUGCUGGGACAGAGUGGCUCAACGCCGCUGGAUCUCUUCAAGUUUUAUGUGGAGAAUUUGAAGGCACGUUUCCACGACGAAAAGAAGAUUAUACGCGAAAUACUCAAAGAGAAGCAAUUUGUUGUUCAGGCCAAGACAUCCUUUGAGGACUUUGCCACAGUUGUGUGUGAGGAUAAACGCUCCGCCAGCUUGGAUGCGGGCAAUGUUAAGCUAACUUACAAUUCGCUGCUGGAGAAGGCUGAAGCAAUUGAAAAAGAGCGAAUGAAAGAGGAAGUGCGACGAUUGCGUAAAUUGGAGAAUGAGAUCAAGAACGAAUGGCUGGAGGUGAAUGUGUCCGUUGACGAGCCGUAUGAGAGUGCCAAAAAGCUGGUCGAACAUUUGGAGGCAUUUGCGUUGUACGAGAAAGAAAUUGGCGUGGAAAAGAUCUGGGAGGACUUUAUCAAGGAAAGCGAGGAUGCGUGCAGUCAUCAUCAUUCACGAUCACGUAAAUCGAAAAAGAACAAAAAGCAUAAAAAACGUGUACGCUCCACGUCGAGAUCAGAUAUUGAGAACGAGGUGGUCGAACUAGAGAAAUUCAAGAAGCGACGCUCAAAAUCACGCUCAAAUACACUCAGUUCGAUUGGCAGCAUUGAGAGCGAAAAGCUUAUGAAAAAGAAGAAAAAGCGUAAGAAUAAAUCACGAGCUUCUUCUUACGAAUCCGAGUUGGGCAAUUUAACGCCAAUCACAAGCGUUGCACUGCAGCAAAACGAUUCCAAUUCGCAUUCACCCGCCAAAAAGAAGAAAAAGGAGAAGCGCACCAAAAGGGACAAGGAAGGUAAAAGGCAUCGAAUCAAUCGGUCUACAACGCCUCUGAGUCCUGCCGCCCAAUCAGACUCAGCGACAUCCCGGAACGAGGAGCUAACGCUUAGCGAUGGUGAACUGGAAUCAAAGCGAGCUGCGCUGCUAGCCCAGCUCAAUGAACAGUUAGACGAAUGACCUGCCCAGGUUGCAAGAUUGAAAGCUAAAUUAACAAUAACAGCAGUUAGCAUUAGUCAGCUAUAGCCAUAAUAUAGCCAGUCUGCGCAGUGUGCUUUAGUUGUGUACAAAAAAAAAACAUACGCUAAUCCAGCUCCAGCAGGUGUUUUUUCUCCUUCAGGACACGUGGACAUGCUAUUACCUGUAUCUCCUAUUGCACAUCUCAUUUGCUUUGUUCUGGAAUACUGGCCCUCUAGCACAACACAAUCCAACACAGGCAACAAAUGUAAGUUUUCCGACACCAAUAAGUUUGAUUGCAAUGAAAAAUAUAAUAUCAUCUAUAAAACAAA